AUGGGGAGGGGGAGGGUGGAGCUGAAGCGGAUCGAGAACAAGAUAAACAGGCAGGUGACGUUCGCCAAACGGCGGAACGGCCUGCUGAAGAAGGCCUAUGAGCUCUCCGUGCUCUGCGAUGCGGACGUGUCCUUGAUCAUCUUCUCCAACCGCGGCAGGCUUUAUGAGUUCAGCAGCAACAGGUGAUCACCUGAAUGACCACGGUCCUCCCAGCCCUUCCGCUCUCCUUCUUGCAGGAAAUUUCCCGGGAAAUACGAGUCUGUGUUCACCCAGGAAGAAUCAGACGAGUACGAGUGUCUGUCUUUCUGCGCGUAUCGGCAAGCUUGCCGAUUCAUUUUGUGCGAAAUCUGUGCAAAUUGUGUGUAUAUCAUCACACAAAAGAACCACUGUACGAGCCCCAAAAUACACGAAGCAAGGGUGGAAAAGGAACUCGGGACAUCCUUGUUAUACCGAUCGCCUUCUCUCGGUGCAGAUUCUUGGUUGUUUACUUUCCGUCAGGUUUCCAGAUCUAGUUUUUUCUAUUGAGAACUCUCAGUAGAUUCCUCUCUCUCUCUCUCUCUCUCUCUGAACUUUACUUCUUCCUGUUCAUAAUCCUUUAGGGUUCGCAAGAAGCAACUAUACCUCUCCGCCUGAGGACUCCCCGGAUGUCUCACCUCCGAGGUCUAGGGCUACUUUUUCGUAUCAAUCUUCCUUUCUCUGUAAAGAAACCUGAGAAAUAAAGCUCACCUGGUGUCAUGAUAGUUGACGACUGAGGUUUCAAAGAAUCAUCGAGGCAUGCUUUUCCUUUCAGCCUGCGCGAUCUCCCCUUUGCUCUCCAAAACCCUUCUUUUGCCCCCCUCUCUUUCUUCCAAUGUCACCCUUACCUUUAAAAUCUAGGGUUCUAGUCAAUAGCUCGCGCCGCUGGGCUUCUGUUCGCAGAUGUCCCAUCGGAGACUCCAUUCGUAGGAUCCCUAUCCUUCCUUCCCCUCUCGUGGCAAGAACUGUGGAUCUAUAACCUUCUGAAACAGUCGAGCUCGAGAACUUGGAGAGGCUUCAGUGGGGGGGAUGAUGGGCCGUUAGGCUCUGUCAGGUAUCAUCGUGAUCGGUGAACGACAGCUAGGGUUUUGCAGAAGCAUGACAUUUGAGGCGAUCUCGAGGAAGAAGGUGAAGCCUGAUUCUCAAACGGAGGAAACCCUACGAGUCCGACGUUUAUUCAAGAUCAGACCACCUGAAAACCAGGCUAGCAUCAGACGCGAACGAUCGAAUUUUCUAAGUCAGCUUGAAUUCCUUCAUUUGACUUGUCUGGAUUAUUUUCUCUCUGGUUCGUGUUAGGGUUUGGAUCUAAACAGUUCUUCAGAGGCAAUUUCAUCUGUCAUAGAAAUAUUCUUCCACUUGACUAGAUUAUAUCAUAGCAUGAACUGAUCAUCCAGAAAUCGGCGUCUUGAUUGAAUGAUUAAGAACCCAAUGGCGUCCGUGGAAUUCCAAAAUCUUUAGAGAGAAGUUAGGCUUUCCUACUGAUCACAGAAGCAUCAGCUCUGAAUGGCGAGCUGCAGCCGCCACCUCUGAGUGAAACCACCUUGUCUUUUAUUUCCAAUAAAGUUAUUCCUUUAUCUGAGAAUGUUUUUGUGAUAAAAAUAUCAAAUAUAUGGAUUUUUUUUGCAUUAAAUGCAUAUAUUUUUCUUGUUAAGACCAUAAUUACAGGAAUUUUUUAAGUAGAAUAUAUAUUGAAGCUAAUAAUGGUACCUCUGAGCUUUAUCAAAGUUCUUUUCCAUCUAAUCUUUUUGUCAAUGAAGUAUGUUUCUCAUAUUUCUUACUAGCCAUCUAAGUCGACAAAUUCUUGAAUAUAAUGCAAGUAAAAUGACAUCUAUUUUCAUUUAUGUGCAAAUAUAUCUAAAUUUUAUCAAGAAAAUGGUCCCAAGUUCCAUGUCAGCUGAGCUAUGCUUGGUUUCUCAUCGGACACAAGGGUCUGUUAGUCAACCCCAGUGACACAAAAAUCUACACAACUAGUGUACAAUGUGGAUAUGACAGAAAAAAUUAAUCAAAAUGAAAAGGAUAUUCAGGUCAAUAAGGAAUAUGAAUUGCAAGAACAAUAUGGAUAGUCUAGUGCUCAUUUUAGUUUGACUUUUUUCUCAUGUUUUGAUCUUUUCACCCUCCUGUUGUAAUGAAUUAAAAUCUUCGAUAGAAGGCUUUUUCUUGGGCAUCCUUAUGAGAUAGAGAGAGAGGGAGUAAAGAAAAUAAUGUUUAUGUUCGCAUGGUUCUUUAUUUUAUCAUUUAAUAUCCAGGUGAGAGUUCAAUAAUCAGCAACAGAUUUAUUUUCCCUGCAUAAAUGAGAAUAUAACACUUUUAUUCUAUCAUCUCUUCGUUGCAGCAUGCAAAAGACGUUGGAGAGGUAUCAAAAAUGUAGUUAUUCUAUCGCGGAGCCUGUUGUUCCUUGUAAAGAGACUCAGGUUGCCCUCUCCAUCUCGCCUCUGUCAGACGUCUUUCCAAGUUAUGUAGUUAAUAAUUUAUUUAUUCUGAUAAAUAUUAUAUUGAGUCAUCAUCAAGAUCUACAGCCUCAUUGAUUUAUUCCGGUUUAUUAGAGGCAUUUCGAUCCUGAGAAAAUUUCGUAGAUGUCUUAUUCAUGCUAAAAAAAUAAUUAAAAUAUUUUUUUGGGGGAAUAAAUAAAGUGAUUUCCCUAGUAAUGAACUUCUUUUCAGGGAAAAAUUAUUUAUUAUUUUAUUUAAAAUUAAUAAAAAUACCCCUUUUAUCAUGGAUGGAUCCACCUUGUGUCUGACCUAAUCGGACCCUAAAUCUAAAACCCCCUCUAGAAAACAUUUUCUCAAACUUCUCUUCUAUUCCCUUCCCUUCUUUUCACAUCCAUUAUUCUCUCUUUUUUUCCUUUUUUAUUAUUUCCACCUUCCAAAAGAAGGGGUGGGGAGGCAAAAAAUGGUAAAAAAAAAAAAAGGUUUUUAACCAUGUUUUCCGUUGGUGCUGUCCUCAAGCAGAAUAGUUAUCAGGAGUAUCUGAAACUCAAGGGGAGGGUUGAAGCUCUGCAACGGUCGGAGAGGUAAUCUCGCCGGCUCAGAUCCAAGAACAGCGUGUUCCAGCAUUUUCACACCUUCUACGUGACCUGUUAAGAUACCGCCUCCUGCUGCAGAACCCUUCUUGGAGAAGAUCUGGACUCUUUAAACACGAGGGAGCUCGAGCAACUCGAAAACCAACUAGAGAUGUCUCUGAAGCACAUCAGAUCGAUAAAGGUAGAUCUUCUUCUUCUUCAUCAGAUGAACAGAGCGAUAUACCUCGUCUUUUUCUUCCCCCGGUAGCUGAUAUGAAUCCCGCGUCUUAUUUUUCAUGGUCAACGUGUUUCACAGACGCAGGUGAUGCUCGACCAGCUCUGUGAUCUCAAGAGGAAGGUAAAAGCGUCUGAUUGCUGUAUUAUAUUCAUUGUUCCCACGUAGUUUCUGGCAUUUAAUAUUUCCCAUGCAUGGAACUCUCACGUUGCACAGGAGCAGAUGCUGCAGGAAUCCAACCGAGUCCUCAGACAGAAGGUGAUUUAAUUAAAACUAUCCACGAUACUUUCUAACAAUGGAAAGCAGAUGGCGAUCGCAAUCCGCUUAUUAUACCCCGUCGAUCUUGAGAUUCGUUCCAAUGCGAAACCCUGAUGACGGCGCUUUUCACCUGUUUCUCCGAUCGAGCAGCUGAGUCCUUGGUCGACCACGAAAGCUGAGUUCUUUUUCUAUUUCUCUGGCAGCUUCAAGAGAACGGCCCGGAGAACUGCCUCCAGCUGAUGUGGGGGAUCAACGGAGUUGACUCGGGCGACCCCUCGGGUCACCAGGCCGCCGCACAUCCGGAGGGGCUCUUCCAGCCCUUAUUAGGGUUCGAUCUCCCCCUUCAGAUCGGGUAGCCACCUCCUCCAUCAGAUCCCCGAGAAGAACACGCGUUGACUUGUUGUCCACCCCACUAAAGAUCUCGUCUUUCUUACAGAUACACCCACGUCGGUGUCGACCAGCUGAGCCCCCCCGCGCUGACCCAGAAUGUAAGCGCCGGGUUCGUCAGCGGGUGGGUUUGA